AUGGACUCUCUGCUCGCUAACUACGCCUCUUCUGACGAAGAAGAAGAUCAACAACAGCCUCCCAAAUCCGCAGCUUUGCCCUCAAAACCCAGCUCUGAACCUUCUUCCUCUUCCUCUCUCUUUUCUUCUCUACCCAAACCCAAACCCCAAAUUUCCUCUCUCUUUUCUUCUCUACCCAAACCCAAACCCCAAACUUCCUCUCUCUUCCAGUCCCUUCCCCAACCGAAACAAACCCGAACUAAACCAUCAAAUCUUCGUCAUGAUGACGACGACGAUGAUGAAGACCAAGAUUCAAAACCCACCUCCAAACCCUUGUUCUCUACGCUUCCUCCGCCCAAAUCCCAAAUCCCAAAUCAACCCAUUACCAAUAUCUCAUCCUCAGACCGAAACCCUAAAAGGGUCGUCCAAUUCAAGCCUCCCAUUAGCUCUUAUUCGAUGAAGUCGUCCCAAUUGGACGACGAAGAUGACGAUGAUGAUGAAGAAGAAGAAAGGCGAAGGCGAAAAGCGUCUGAAUCCUCCUCUCAAACAUCGUCCGGGAAGUUCAUAUUUUCUCUUCCAGCGCCUAGGUACUCCGCCACAUUGGGUGCGAGUUCGGGUUUGGGUUCGGGCCGAAGAGCCAUUCUUGAAACGGAAUCAGUUGGUUCUAAAGUGAAGAGCGAUGCAGGGGUGGAUCAAAAUGUUGCUAGUCACGAGAAUCACCAAUCAAGUAUUGAUCAGAAUGCAGUUAACUAUGAAAGCUAUGGAGGUUAUGAGACUUACCAAUCUGGUAUUGAUCAAAAUGCAGUUAACUAUGAAAGCUAUGGUGGUUAUGAGAGUUACCAGUCUGGCAUUGAUCAAAAUGUGGAUGUUGGGGUUCAAUUACAGGCAGGAAUUAGCGGUAGUGAUGCUUCAAAUAAUGGUAGUUAUGAUGUUUAUGGGAGUAAUGCUGCUUAUAGUGGUUAUGGGCGGUAUGGGAAUGAUUGGGUUGAUGGGUCUGAAACUGCAGCGCUGGCGAUUCCAGGGACAGAUGUAAGUGGGAUUAAAGUGAGUAAAAGGAGAGGGAGGAAUGAGGUGCCAACUGAAAUAGUUGAGGUUAAGCAGGACGAGUUGAUGAAGAAUCGGCCAAGGGAAGACCAGGCCAAGUCAACCGGAAUAGCUUUUGGGCCUUCUUAUCAGCCUGUUUCAACUAAAGGGAAGCCUACAAAGCUGCAUAAGAGGAAGCAUCAGAUUGGUUCUCUAUACUUUGAUAUGAGGCAGAAGGAGAUGGAACUUGCAGAACGACGUUCAAAAGGCUUCCUCACAAAAGCUGAAACACAAGCCAAGUAUGGAUGGUGA